AACGUUGUACAGUUCCAGGCGUGGUCAUUUUGUUAAGAGCGUUCUGCAGUUCUGUGGGGCAUGGGUUUAGCCGUAUAUGAGGAUUGCAAGCAGUCGAGUUGUUAAUUUUAAUGCGUGGAAAUCAAUAAUUUGUAUCACAUUUUUCUAAACUCAUUCAAGGAAGCAUAAUUUUCAAAAAUAUUAGUGUAUACUCAUUUUUAGCUAAAGCAUGGGACUAUUUUGGUAGUUGUCAAAUAAGUACUGGGAUGCCUACAACUAAUGCUAGGACAACAUAAGAGGAACAACACUAAAGGAACUAUCUAUUUGUAAAUUACAGGCUUUUUUAUGAUCUUAUAAAGUUGUUUAUUUGAAGAAGGAGGGAUAAGUUUACGUAACUAGGAAACAUAUUCCUAAUCCCAGCUGUGAAAGAAUUCUUCCUUUUCUUGAAUUUCAGGGCUAACGUAACCUAGCUACGAUCUUUCCUUCCUUUUCUUGUUUAAUUCAACGAUUAAAACCCAAUGGACAUUCAGAACCUGAUUCUUCUUGAGUUAACGGGUGGAAGUUAUUUUAAAUCAGAUAAAUUGGCUGAGAAGCUUGGAGUCGAUCAUCAAGUAGUUGUUGGAGGAAUAAAAAGUUUGGAAAACUAUAGUGGGAUAAUAGAUUGUAAAGAUGUGGUCGAGGUUAUUUUACAGUUAACAGAUGAAGGUGAUGAGAUUCUAAACAGUGGUAGUCAUGAAUACAGAGUAUACUGUGCUAUUCCAGAAUCAGGGAUACCACAAAGUGAUAUUUUGAAAAUGUUUCCAGGUGCUAAAAUAGGUAUUAGCAAAGCCCUUUCGUCGAAGUGGGUAUCACUAGUUAAGAAUGAAGCUGGUGUACCUUAUUUGUAUCGUUUGAUUCCAGAAGUCAAGGAUGAUGUACAACAUUUAUUGUUAGAUGUAAAAGAGUCUAAACGUCCUCUAUCAGAUAACGAGAAGUCCCAAUUGAAAAAACGAAAACUAGUUACCGAAUCAAAGCGCACAUCCUACUUGGUACGAAAAGGCCCAUCAUUUUCAACAAAUAUAAGAUCUGAAGAAACAGAUUUAUCAUCUGAGUUGCUUUCCAGUGGAGAGUGGCAAACAGCUCAAUUUAAGGCUUAUAACUUUUACUCUCUUGGUGCCGCUUUACCAUCUGGACAUCUUCAUCCUCUUCUGCGUGUACGCUCAGAAUUCUGUAGGAUACUUUGUGAUAUGGGGUUUUCAGAAAUGCCUACGAACAAUUAUGUUGAGUGCAGUUUUUGGAAUUUCGAUAGUCUUUUUCAACCACAACAACAUCCUGCUCGAGAUUCUCAUGAUACAUUUUUCCUUUCAGAUCCUGAGAUUUCGGAUAUCAACAAUACAGUUGAAUCUUGUUACAUUGAUAAAGUUUGUACUGUGCAUAGUCAAGGUGCUUUUGGUAGUCGAGGCUAUCAGUCACCGUGGCUAAUAGAGGAAGCGGAGAAAAAUUUGUUGCGUACACAUACAACAGCAGUGAGCGCCCGAAUGCUUCAUGCGUUAUCUAAAAAGAAUCCAUUUACUCCAGCUAAAUAUUACAGUAUUGAUCGUGUAUUUCGAAAUGAAAAUCUGGACGCUACUCAUUUGGCAGAAUUUCAUCAAGUUGAAGGUCUAGUCGCUGACUUUGGUCUUAGCUUAGGCCAUUUGAAAACUGUAAUUCGAACAUUCUUUUCAAAGUUAGGACUUACGCAACUGAGAUUUAAACCAGCAUAUAAUCCAUAUACUGAACCGAGUAUGGAAAUUUUUAGUUAUCAUCCUGGUCUCAAGAAGUGGGUGGAAAUAGGUAAUUCUGGACUAUUUCGUCCGGAAAUGCUCAGACCAAUGGGGUUACCUGAAGGAUUGUCUGUUAUAGCUUGGGGAUUGUCUCUGGAACGUCCAACUAUGAUUCGAUAUGGUUAUAAAAAUAUUCGUGAUUUAAUUGGUCCAAAAAUUGAUCUUAAUAUGAUAUACAAGGCACCAUUGUGUCGAAUGUAUAAGUGUUAGCUCCUGUUCUCAUACUAUUUAAUAUCGGGAUGUUCGGCAUCUUAUCAAUAAAUUAACGGGCUACGAUGUGCUUCUGACCGAAUGAUUCUUUGAGAGACUCUAACGUCUUGGGACAGCCUUCUGGUUCAAGCAAGACACAAUGAGCAAUAGUAGCCUUGGCUUCAUCAUCACCAUACUGAAUCAAAUAGUUUAACCUAGAUCGGCAUCCAACGUUUUCAUUGAAGCAAUCUUCGAAAUUCUGUAUGAAACUAAAAUAGUCCAUGGGAUUACCAUCAAACCUUAUGAUCUUUCUUUGAGUCUUAUUCCAUUGUGAUUUAAUUUUUGGCAUCUGUUGUUUUUGCAAACUUUUGGAAGAUAUUUUGCAUAUGUCUGUAAAUGUACUUUGCUGUACGUACUAUUGAAUAUCCUUGAUAUGAUUAUAGAAAGCCGAUUAUUUCUAACUUGAAAGUUUGCUUGUCUGCUUUGUAAUUUCAACCGUUAUGAUGUAACAUUUGUAUCUUGAGUCAAUGACUUACUAGUGUAAACGGUCGAUAGGUUCAGACCCAACUCCACCUUACACAUUAAUCUGAGCACCAAAAUAUUAUCUUUGCAAUUCUUAGUACAUGAACCAUGUAGAUAGUUAUUUUAGGCUACAUGUACGUGCGUUGGCAACCUAUUGAUGAUGUAUUUGACCACUACCUAAACUCUUUUUUAAGCUCUAUCAUGAUUAUCAUUAUCACAAAGUAUCGGUGUCUUCCAGUACUGAUAAAUUCUAUAGGUAGUUAGAUUAUUAGUUGAGUUUUCUAAUCACAUGUCGAAACCAAGUGGGUCGUGUUAGGUUCUAUCAUAUUUAAGAAGUCGAUUGUAUGCGUAAAAUGUUUUGAAGGUACUUAGUCAGGAAAACUUUUGAUUUUUCUGUCUUACUACAUUCUAUAAUCUCUUACUUUUGUGUCAGUGUUAACUAACAUCUGGGAUAUCCCACUGUAUGUUCGUUCAGUCAGGCUAAUUGCUUAUUAUAACCAUGCAAUAAUAUAUCGAUCGUGUUUUUGCUUUCUACUGUACUCUACUCGCCCGAUAAUAUCCUAGUUGUUCGAUACCAGAUGAAUUCGCGUAACCUGGUUUAUAGUUUCUAGUGCAGGAAAUUGCUGUAGAUUGUCAGAUCGUCUGAACUAUAGUGUUAAAAUAACAAUAGAAUCGGUCAUGACCAACUUCGGUCCUGGAAUGGGUGUGUAAUCUCACAGGUUUGGGAACAACCAAGUUGUUGCGGUGAAAUAUGGUAGGAGUUAGAUGCAUCUGGAUUAUUGUGGCUGGUUUUUAGCUAUGUCACACAUAGGCUCUAACCACUAGUCAUGGUUAUCUCGACCCUUUUAGGUAGUGUGCGUCUACCAACAAACCAAAUCAAUAAAAGUUAAGUACGUCAUGGACUCAUGCCAAGCAUGUUUAUCCACCUGUUUUCCCAAUUCAUACCAGCAAACAUUAUCUG